CUUAGCUGAACCGCUUUGUAAAAAUGUAAGUGGACUAGUUUUAACGGUAGAGCUAGUAAAUUUAUAGUAUAGUAUUUCUCAUACCAAGGAUGGAUGGGAUUUAACUUCAAUGGGUAUGAAAAUGGCUCUUGUCAUCGUGGAUGUUUAGCUAACCUUAGUCCAGAUACCUGCUGGUGGUGCUGCAGAGACUUUCGUGUGCCCACUCACCAGACUCACUUUGAAUAGAAACACUGAAGGUGCCAUUUGGGACAAAGCACCUGGAUGCUGCCUUGUGUUUCCCUGCCUCAGUAACAGAUGUUCACACUGCUGUCAUUCUCACACAUGGGGCUGGUGGUGACAUGAACUUCAAACAUCUGGUUUCUCUGGCACAUGCCUUUGCUUCAGAUGGUUUCAUUUGUCUCCGUUUCACAUGCAAAGGUUUAAACCUCGGUUAUAGAGUGAAGGCUUACCGUGCUGUGUUGGAUUACCUGAAAUCUCAACAGAAGUUUACCAUAAAGCACAUUUUUGUUGGAGGCAGGUCGAUGGGAUGUCGUGCUGCUGCAGCUUUGGCUAGGCAGCUGAGUGAUGAAUCCGAGGAUGCGAUGCAGGGUGUCAUCUGCCUGUCUUUUCCCCUGCACCCUCCGGGACAGACGCAUGUCCAUCAGCAACGGAGCGAAGAUCUCAGAAGCCUCCCUGAACACAUGUCUGUGCUGUGUGUGUCAGGCACUGAGGACAACAUGUGUGACAGGGUCCUUUUUGAAGGGAUGGUUAAAGAAAUGAAAGCUCAAGUGGAGGUUUUCUGGCUGAAAGGAGGCAGCCAUGGCCUGACAGUUAAGGGAAGGCAGGAGGAGUCUGUGUUAGCGGAAGUGAAUCUUCAAGUCAUCACUUGGAUGAAUAAGCAGGCAGCAUAAUCAAUUUAUGUUAUCAGAUAUUUCUGUUGUUUGUUAUUUAUUUUUCUACUAGUUUAAUAAAGAAUAUAUCACAA